UGCAUGCUUCAGGAAAGAAGUUCCUGGGUCGAUGUGAAGAAAAGACUCUCAGGUCGCAGAGGAGCCCUCUGCGGUGGCCGCGGCCGUUCAAAAACAGUUGAGCAGGGCAGGACGCGUUCCCUUAUUCUGGCGGAAGCGAGAACCGAUUCGAGAAAGAGUCUCUCUUCGCACUUCGUCUGAGACGCGUCUUGCAGCUUCUCUCCUCGACAGAGAAAGCGCAGACGCUGGUCGUCUCGUCCUCUGUCACUUCUGCCUCGAGGUAACAAACGUUUCCUCUCAACGUCUUCCUGUGGCGGAAACGCCGCCUUCGUUUCUCCCGCGAGAAGAAUCAAGUUGAAGGGCUCUUGCGCGGAUGCACUUGCUGGUUUUCUUUCCACUCCCAUCAGACUCCCAUCUCUGCUUUUCAUUUCCUGUCUGCUCCCUCUUCUGCCCUUUCUAUCUCUCCUUGCUCUUUUUCUCUACUUUCGACGUCUCUCUCUUUCUUCUGUCUGUCUCCUCUUCUCUACUUCGCCAUCUUGCUGUAUCUGUGUUUCUUUGUCUCCUCUGGAUCUCCUUCUUCCACCGGACUUUUCUGCUUCUGUCUCCUCUCGUGCUCUCUGUCUAGCUGCGAUUCGUAUUUUCGUCGUCACCGCAGCCGUUUACUUUCUGCAAGAUGCGUCGCUUCCUCUCUUUCUAGCGAAUUCAUUCUCUCCGCCUCUCGGGACCCAGCUCACUCGAUCCCAGAAAAAUGGAUCCUUCCUCAUCGUCCUUCUCCCCUGUCAACUCUUCCUCUUCUGUUUCUUCUUCUCUCCCGUCUUCCUCUUCCUCUUCUUCUCUUCCGUCUGCUGUUCCGUCGGCUCUUUCUUCUUCCUCCCCCUCGUUUUCUUCCAUCGUCUCGUCUUCUUCCUCAGCGUUCACUGCGUCUUCCCCGCUGGACUCGCUGGAUCCGGAGUAUUUGUUUCGCGGUCUGGAGUCUGUCGUGACUUCUGCCGAUGUCUCGACUCUGGUGGGCGUCUUGCGGCGCGCGCUGUACUGCCGCCGCUCUUCUCCCGAAUGCUCGCGCAGUCCACGACCGUCUGCGGGGACGUCGGCUGCUCUCUGGAAAGCGAAGAUUCGACCUUGGCUUUUCGCAGUCUCUGCGCCCUGCCCAUGUCUCCUGGAACAUGACCGCCUCGCCAUGGAGGAUGAAGGCGGCGCAUGCGGCGCCCACCUGAAAAAGGGGGACAUCGGAUUCCGCUGUCUGGACUGCGAGCACGAUUCCACCUGCGUCGUCUGCGCUCCGUGUUUUUUGAACGCGGAUCACGCGUCGCACAACUACAUGAUCAUCCAGGCGAGUGGAGGGUGUUGCGACUGCGGGGAUCCUUCGUCGUGGGCUCCCGCAGGUUUCUGUUCGAAGCACCGAGGCGUUACCCCCGAGAUGGACGGACCUGCUUCUACGCAGUCUUUGCCAGCUUUCCUCCGUCUGCGCAGCCAGCAACACAUCUCCGCAUGCGUUGCCUUCGUCACUCAGAGACUCCGGGAGCUGCCGCGGGAGACUCUCUGGCGCUCGGCGUCGAGACGUCACCUCCAGGAGAGCCUCGCGGACGUCCUGCUCUCUGCGCAGCGCGAACUGGAACUCUUCCAUAGACAGCAGCGCGAACUCGAGGCCCAGCGCCUGGAGGAGACUCACGGGGAAACCGCGGCUUCGACAAGCGCGGACGGGCCUUCUUCUCGAACCCAAAGUCGCACGCACUCGAGACGAGAAGAAGGCGAAGAAGACGAAGGUGAUGGCGAAGACGACGAAGGUGAUGGCGAAGAAGAGGAAGGUGAUGGGGGAGAGGGAGAUGGGAGAGUGGAUGUGGAGACAGACGGUCUGGGGGUCCCGCGGCGACGGCGCCAUCUUCGUCCGCAUACGCCGGAGCGAGCCGAGGGAAGGGCGAGAGAUGCGGGGAUCAACGCAGCUCUGCUUCGCGAGGAGACACUCUCGAAUCCCUUCGACUUUCAACUGUGGGGUGAGGCACUCCACCUCACGCCUGAGGAGGUCGCCGCCUUGACAGUCGCCGCUGUCGCCGGCCGAGGCUACGAUGAACAGAGUGCAAUCGAUGCGGGAGCGCGAGCUGCGAUGGCCGCCAUACGAGCUCGAGAAACGCACUCAACCGUCUCGAUUUCUCGUUCUUCUUCCUCGUUUCUUGAUUCGUUCAGUUCGAAUUCUUCCAGUUCUGCUUCGUCGGGGACGCCGUCGUCUGGCGCGGCUGCUGCUGCCUCGCGCGGCGCGUCAGGCUCUGCGGCGGGCGCACGGGGCGAUGGAGCCCCAAGGCGGGAGGGAGACACUUGGUCUCCGUCCUCGCGGUGGUGGGGAGGCGAGGACGAAGGCGAGGGAGCGGACCGUGGGGGAGACUCGCGGCUGUUGGAUCCAAGCUUCUCCGCGAGCUCUCCCGUCGGGACCGCCAGUGGGUCUGCGCCCGUCCCCUCUGGACUGCCCACCUCUGCGUUGAGCUACGCGUCGACAAUGUCUCUCUUCUUUCUGGACCGUCUGGUGGCCUCUGCCGCUUCGCCGGGAGACGAGACGCGCGACGAGAGCGAAGGCGACUCGCGUUCUGCCUCUGCCUUCGCGUCCGCAGGCCUCGCCGACCUCCUCGACCUGCGUGGGCGCCAGCGGGGCCUGUCUCCUCGAGGUCCUCAAGCCAGUGGAGACCGCCGAGAAAGAAACGAAAGAAGAAGCGAACGAAGAGGCGAGAGAAGUGAACGAAGAAGAGGCGAGAGAACCGGGAGGGCAGAUCGAGAGUUUUUGACGCCGACGGGUCGGACGUCUGCGGAGGACUCGGCUCUCUCCGCUGCAGAGGCAUCGCGCGCAACUCUCGUGCUCACGCAAGCCGUCGUUUCAUGGCUCUCGGAGUUGGCGACGAAACACCUCGGCUAUCGAUGGCUUGUCACAUCCAGCCUCGUCCCUUCCGCACUCGUCAGGUGGCUGUGCGAGCAUGGAACCUUCGGCGCGAGUCUCCAAAGACAGCUGCACGACUUCUACAUGGCGCUUUUUGCUUCUCCGAAAUUCAAGACGAAAUUCGCAGGACUCAUCCUCGACCACUACACUCACGUCGCGAGGGGCGUUCCCCUGACUGACGACGACUCGCGCCGAGAUGCAGAUGCAGAGUCCUGCGACCUCGGCUCGCUGACCGUCCAACUUUUUACCGUCCCAAAUCUCGCGGAGACAGCUGUCUGGGAGAAGGACUUCGUGGCUCGAGGCAUCAGUCUCCUCAAGGAAGCGCCAAUGAUGAGUUCCGCCCAUGAGGUCGAAAUCAUGCUCAGCGGCCUCGAAUACGUGAACCCGAAGCUCAAAGACCCGGAGAAGCGGGUGCUUCAGGAUCUCUGUUACGUGAUGUCUGAAGAGACUGUCUGGCGCCGCUUUUUUCGAGCUGACCUGCUGACGAUCUGCAAGAUUCUUCAGCCUCUCUGGGCCUUCAUGCUCAAGUUCCACCGUGCGAAUCUGCAAGUCAGGCAUGCCCGCGAGCAUGUGAUGUACGAAAUGCUGCAUCAGUGGCACAACGCAUGCAUCCUGGAAGACGAGCUGCUUCGUAUCGUCAAGAGAUUGGGGAACGGUUGCCGGUCUUCCUCGCACUCAAGUUUCGCUCCUCUGGUGCCGCUUCUCUCGACCUUCCGUCCGGCGCUUCUUCGCUUGCCUCCAGUCCCAGUUCUUCGUGCUCGUCCAUCUUCUUCUUCUCCGCCGUCCUCUCUUUUCUCCUCUGCUCACGGAUGCGCUGUCGGCUCUCUCCAUUCGCCUUUGACUCGAGCCUUUGUCCUCUGCAUCUGUCCGGAUCUCCUUCGCGUCGCGCUCGACCCUCCGUCUGUGUCUGAAUCGUCCUCUCUCACCCCAGCUUCUCCUCUCUGUCCGCCGCCCUCUGUCUCCGACUGUGCUGCUUCGGCGUCUGCGCCAGCUGCGAGGGCGCAUGUCGCGAGUUCGUCUCCGUUUGGAGAGCGCGAACUGCUGUCUCUUUUUCCACCGCGUGUCUCCUUUCUCUUGCUGCGAGAGGGGACAGCGUCUCUCUUAUUCGCGGGGGCCUUGCGGUCGGGGUACUGGGUGAGAAACGGCGAGGCUCUGAUGAAGGAGCAUGUGCGCGAGUACGAACGAAGUCGGUCUGACGGCCUCGACUUGGUCUCCCUCCAGUUGGCUUUUCUGCUGCUCUCCCUGCAGAGGAAAGGCCGCAGGCGAACUCGCAGUCAAACGCCAGAGACAACUCAGACAAGGGCAGCUGCACAGGAGACAAGCCGGAGGGAAGAAGGCGUCACGAGCACUGAAAAAGACAACGAAGAAGCAGAAAGAGAAGCAGGGGAGAAGGCCGCGCUGUAUGUGGCGAUGGGAAGGCGAGACAGGGCAGAGAGAUUUCUGGAGGAAGAACGUGAGGUGGGUUCAGACGGCGCGCGAGAAGGCAGCGGGGAGAAGAAGAGAGAACUCGAGGUGGACGCAAAACAAGGAGAUGGAGAGAACGCAGAGAACGGGAUGCAAGUCGAGACACGUGAGGCGCUGGAGGAAAGGGUGGCGCGCGAGUUUCACCCGCUGGUUGUCUUUUUCCUCGCUUUCUGUCCCCAACAAUUCUCUCCGGAGAAGCUCCUGGAGCGACAGGUCCAGGUCGACGGCACUCCCGCGCUUCCUUCCUUUUUCUCCGUUCGCGGGGGAUCGUCAUUCCCCUUCUUGACUCUCCGCAGCGACGCCUCGCCUUUCUCUUCUCUUCAAUUCUCCUCCUUUCUUCCUCCUGCCCUUCUUCCCUCCCAACAAACAGCUGAAAUGGCGACCGGAACACACGAGUCUUCUCUCUCUUCUUCGUCUUCUUCCUCGUCGUCUUCCUCGUCUUCUUCGUCGUCUUCUUCGCUCGCUUCUUCCGCCUCGUCGUCUUCUCCUCUCUCUCCUUCCGGACCUGACUCUUUGGAGAGGAAAGCUGCUGAGGCCGUCCUGGCGUUCCACUCUGCACUUCUCAAAGAAGCUGCGAGUCACGAGACUGUCUGGGACCUUGCGACUCUUGACUCGCAGGCCGUUGCCGCAGAGUUCGUUUUGAUGGAGCUAUGGAAAUUGCUCGCCAGCGUCGCCGCCUCUCUCUUCUUCCUCGAAAGAAUGAAUCUACAUCGCCUCACCGCAAGAGACAAAUACCUCUCCCGGUACGCGUUUCUGUUGCGGCGGCAAAUUGUGCAGCUCCUGGCGACUCAGCCGUGCACGCUGUCGCGGCUGGAGCGCGCAGUUGGACGGUCGGGUCGCCUGCAUCCGUCGUUCGCGUCGCUACUGGAGGAGUUGACGACUUCCACUGUGUGUUCGAGACGCGGCGCCAGUGGCGCUGCAGUCCCGCAGAUUCGCUCUUCUCGCGCGCUCCUGGGGGCGGCUGGCCAAGCCUCCUCGGCUCCCCUCCUGCGUCUCAAGAAGGAAAGCUGGAAGUGCUUUGACGCGUUCGGCGCCUCAGAGCGACUCAUCGCCGCCGGCGUGUCUAGAAAAAGAGAACAUCUGGGAAACGCCCGCGCAGACAUGCAAGUAGCAGAAGAAGAGGCUCUGCGGCACCCGGAGGCGCCCCUCUUGUGGCCGUCGCGUGCGGCAGGCGAUAUGGCCCCAGAGUUUUUUCACAUGCAAGACCUCCUGGUCGAUGCGUUGGUGGGAGACGACGAACACCAUCUUUUGUUUCGUCUUCUUCUUCAACUUCUUCAGGCGAAGAAUCGCGGCCCCGAUUUCCUCGCUUCGCCAUCUUCCCCAGCCACUGUUUCUUCUACCACCCCUCAACCAGCCGCCGCUACUAACAAUGUUGCCUGUGUCUCUCAUGUCUCUCCUUCUUCCUCUCUUUCUUCCUCUUCUCCGGAGUCUUCUUCUUCCUCGCCUGCUCCUUCUUCUAUCCCUUCUUCCUCCUCUUCUUGUGGGGCCUUUCUGCAUGACCCGGUGUGCAGCGCUUUGAAACUGCUGGACGCACUGGCGCAGGCGCGGAGGCGGGGCGAAGAAGGCCCUCGCGCGGAGACACAGAGACUCGAGGGCGAUGCAAAGUGUGGGGUAAUUCCACCGGUCUUUCUAAGGUGCCUCCGAUCUGAGGUCGAGCGCCUCCACGAGGCGGAGUCGACCUUUGCGGAGGUCCGGCGCUACUGCCGGACGCUUCUCUCUCGCCUGCCGGUCUCCGACUGUAAGCCGAAGGCGGGAGGUACCUCUCAGAGUGAUGAGGCGGUGGCGGACGCUGCCCAGGGCGCAGGGCGGGAGUCACAUGCGCCCGAGGUCUCGGAGACACCUGGCGUCGUCGGGGGUUCGGCGGCAGGCCCGUGUGGGGCGCGAGGAGACGGCGGUGAAGCGCGAGCGGGGCAGCCGCGACCGACGGAGGAGACAGCGCAGGGCGCAGAGGACUCGAAGGAGGACGCCGGCCUGAGCGAAGGUGCCCGGAAACAGCGACAAAUGCUGUUGACGAUGCAGCAGAGACAGAGGGACUUCCACUCUUUCCUCGAAGACGCCGACAUGCUGUCCGAGAGCGAUGCCGAGGAGGACAGUGGUGCCGGGAUGGCUGAAAGCUGUCGGGACAGGCAGGUGGAGGUAGACGCGGAAAUCGGAGAAGAGGGCGGAGCCGCGAGGAGGCCAACUCCAGUGCAUCCAUCGCGAGGUGGAGACACAAGUGGAGUGAACGCCAGCCUGCAUUCGACGUUCGAGCGUGUGUCUUCGCGAGAGGGCGACACCCGGGAGGAGACCCUUUCCAGAGGCGAGACGAGUCUUCCUGUGUCUCCUUCUCUGUCUCCGCUCGUCGCGGGCCCUGCCGCCUCGCUGGCCGUCUCUCCGGUCUCUGUGCAGCGGGCGUCGCCGAAGCCGCUGCCCCACAAGCUGUCUCUGCAGCGGAGACAGCUGUUGACGAAGGAAGAAGAAGAAAUGCGUUGCGGCGUGUGCCUGGAGGGUCACACUGUGGCGCGGCCCCUCGCCCUGCUGGGUCACCUGUCUCAGACGAACAUGCUUCGGCGUUUCGCGCAGAAGGGCCGCGGCAGCCUUCCGGCCUCGCACCCCGCCUUCAACUCCUGCGGGCACGUCGCCCACGUCUCCUGUCUCCGCGCCCUCCAGGAGACAGGCGUCUCCGGUCGCGGGACCCGAAACGGAGACGACCGGCCCGGCGGGGCGCCCGAGGCCAUGGAGCCUCGAGCCGAAGGCAGGCCCGAAGAGCCUGCGGGGCGCGAGCGGCGUGCGCCUUGGGCGCCCCGAAGGGCGGAGGAAGGCGAACGCAGGAGUCGAGACAAGCAGCGGUUCUCGGCGUUUGCGUGUCCAACCUGCCGGCGCAUUGGGAACUGCUUCCUCGUGUAUGUACCCCGGACAUCUCUCACAGUUGACGGCUCCGUCAAGGCCUGGCCGCGAGAAGGAGAACUCGCGCUCGAAGGCGGGGCGGCGAGUCCGCUUCAGGGCGGCCGGCAAGACGGAGACAGUGGACCCCACAAGAGUGACAAGAAGCGCAGUCGAACCGAAGGAGACGAAGCGGCGAGAGACCUGUCCGGCGUCGACAAGCCCCGGAGAAAGAAGCGGGACUCCAGCUGUCUUGCAGGGCGAGAGGCGAGCAAAGAACAGGUGACAGAAGAAGAGAAGGAAAACGAAAAUCGCGUGCAGAGCCUGGGGUGUGCGGGAUGCUGCAGCAGCGGCUCACCAACGAGUCUCUGGGGCUGCUGGUGUCGCCGAACGCCUCUCGCGGAUGCGAACUUGUCCAGGUCCCCGACUUCCAACGCGUCAGAGAGACGAGAGACUCCUGGCGCCUCCUUGACGAUCAGAGAAGAAAUCAAACCCACGAACUCUCUUCUGCGCCCUGCAAACGCGACAUCGCCUUCUUGUCCUCUCUCAUCAUGUAUCCCUACCUCUUCUGUUUCCUCUUCCCCCUCCGCUUCUUCCUCGUUUUCUCCCCCAUGUUCUUCCUUUUCGGUGGGCGGGCGCUUUGCUUGGUACGGAGUGUGGCGACCGAGCAUCGGGGUCGGAGUGGGGCGCGCGCGCCGGCCGGCUGCAUGUCAGGAGGCGCGUUGGUUGCGGCGGCAGAACGUUCCUCAAGGAGGAGCCCAACAGCGGAGGCCCCGGGAGAACGGAGACAGAGAGACGGGAGAGAGAGAUCGAAGGGAGGGCUUGGACGUGGAUGAAGAAGCCGAGAUGGCGCCUGACACUUCGUCCCAAUCAUCGCCGGAGAACCAUAAGGACGCCGGAGAUGCCUCUCUUCCAACCGGAGUGGAGAGAGCGACAGACGAAGACUCGUCGUUUUCUCAGGAAGGCGACUACUUUCCUGCAGAUGCGAUUGCAGACUCGGAGGUGGAGGAAGCGAUGGCGAAAACGCGCUUCUACCCCGUGGGGGCCGCAAAUCCCGUUCCAGGUGUCGAUUUGGAGAUGCCAAGACGCGGACCCGCGCGUCGCGGCUUGACAGAACGGAGCACGAGGAGGCGCCUUCGAAGAAGAGAAAGAGAAGGCUCUCCGGCUCUCGCGUGUCUGGGCGACUCGGACAUUCUCAACGACAGUCUCGACUCUGAUGACGCCGCAGGCCACAGUCGGAUUUCCUACGGUGCCCUCUGCGAUGCGUGUCAGUUCCGAAAUCGCUUUUUCCGACUUCAUGCGUUUCCAGAGCGCGACGGAACGAAGGCCCUCUUGUGGGGGGACUGCGGCGCAGUGCAGGGCCCCACUCAGAAAGAAGUCGAUACUCUCCUCUGUAAAAGACGCAACGGAGGCCCCAUACACCCGGACUUCUUCAUUGCGGCCUGGAGAAGCAUCGAACGUCUCGGUCACAUCUCCUGGGUUUCGCGUCUGGACUCCGCCGAGGCCUUCCUGGACUCAGCCAUCAGUGCCUUUGCCUCUUCUUCAAGUCGGCGCCUGCCCAGUCGGGCCGCGUACACUGUGGGGUCGCCGCCCUGGCGUGAACUGCGGGAGCUGCACUUCUUGCCGUUUUAUCCCUGUCCCUCGAACUGGAACCUCCCGCCCCACCCUGCGGCGUCUCAGGUGACGCAUGCAUUCUUCAAUUUCCACACAGCCUUCUGCGACCCCACGCGGCGGCGGCGCGAAGGCCCCGCGCCUGUCUCUGCCAGAGCCCGGCCAAGCGGAGACUCUUCGCUGCGAAGGCCCGGCGACGCGGGCCUCACCGGUAGGCGCAGACGAGACAGAGAGCGACGAGGUCGAGGAGAGCGAGAGAGAGACGAGCAAGAGAGAGACGAGCGAGAGAGAGAAGAGCAAGAGAGAGAACUGGCGACGCAUUCACUGUUGAAUGACGCGACGUUCUUCACGCUUUUCGCGGCAGCGCGGCUCGGCCAAGCGAGUGAAGACAGGAUGGGGCCAAUUGAGCGGAGAGAUGGAAGCGCGAGCGAGGGAGGCCUGGACGCCAGAGCUUUACUAGGCGCUUCUGUCGCCGCAUUCGGGAGAACAAACGCCUUGCGCGCGCUCCCGUCUGAGCGGAGCAACGACGCCCGUGGAGGCGCUCCCCCAGGACCGGUCGCGGAUCCUCUGCGCCAAAGGCGACCCCGGGACCCGGGGGCUCGGGAGGAAAGCAGAAACGUUUGGGAGGCGCAGUCGCGGGCGCCAGCAACUCCCUUGCCGCUCUGCCCAGACUGUGGAGGUGUGCAUGUUGCGCAGCUGAAGAGGAGAACAGAAGAGAUGCCUCAAUUCGCAAAAAAAGCCCUCUCAGCCAGUGUGGUGAAUCGCCUCUCGCCUUGCAUGUGCUGGACGGUCGACGAGCUUUCUGCCUGGCGCGGAGCCGGCGCGGGGAUGCAUUUGGAAGUUCUCGAAUGGUGUGCGUACACCAGUGUGUUGCUGCAGAGCAGCGUCGAGGCCCCUGGGGGCAGAGAGGAAGCGAGCGCCCCGUUCUGCGAGGAGACGGAACCUUGGGUCCAGGUGGUGCGAAACUGCUUCUUGCUCGACGCUUUUCCGGCUCGCUGUUUCGCGUGGCUGGCAGACAUCACGUGCUUCGGGUACUGGAGCGCGGGGAAUCGCUUUCCUCGCUCUUACCUCCAGCUAGCAACGACGGCUUUGACUGCUGAGCAAGAGGAGAGACAGUGUCGCGCGCGGGCUGCACAAAGAGCAAGGAGACAGCGCAGAAAGCGAGGAAACGAAGGGCAGGGCGACGCACUCACCGCCACUCGUGUAGGCGGAGACAGCGCCCGGACCCCCCACAGCGACGACGACCAGAAGAGUGGGGAGAAGAAGGUCGGAGAGUCUGGUCAUGGAGCCUCUUCUUCUGCUGCUUCUUCCUUUCCGGGUUUGCUUUCUUCUUUCUUCGCACCGUCUUCCUUUGCAGCCCUCUCAGGGAGGAAAGAUCAGCAGAGUGAGGCGGCCGCUGCGCCCGCUGGCUGCGCCGCCCAGCGCCAGGGCUCCUCACCUGUCGAGGGCCUGGAGAGCGUGUCUUGUGAGAGCGCAGCAACGAGUGGGACAGACGAGGAAGAAGGUCGUUGCUCUUGUUCUUCUGGAGAGAGUGAAGGAAGUCUGUGGGGCGAGGAAUCUUCUCUCACGGCGGCAGACGACGAAGAGAGCGAUGGACUCGAAGCGCGCCGCGCCCGCCUUCGCGAACAUCUGAGACAGCUUCAAUGGCUGCCCAGGGGCCCGAAAAAACAAAAGAGAUACCUAAGCGCCUCCGCCGCACGCAGAGCUACCAAGGACUCUCGCUUCUCUCCCUUCUCGUCUUCUUCUGUCUCUUCUUCUCGCUCUUCUUCUCGCUCUUCUUCUCGCUCUUCCUCUGUCUCCUCUUCUUCGUUCGAUUCGGAGGGGGAAGUGAGCGCGGGCGCGGGGGGCAGACGAGCCAACGGUUCUCGUCGGAGAAGUCGCGAAGAACAUCUUUCAGAAGAGGAGAGAAGCUGCGAAGGGGCAGGAGACGCGGAGGGACAGUCCGAGGCGCGCCGCGCCCGACGCGGGCAGACGAAAAAGAGAGACGAAACCGAGUGGGUGGGGAGACCUCGGGGGGUUCUUCAGAGAAGACGAAAGGCGAGGAGAAACGAGCAGUGUCACGAAGCGGACAGACAACGGCUGAGAAGCCUGCAAAUCGAGGAACGCUGCCCCGUCUGGGAAGUCGGUCUCGACCGGAAGUUCCUGCUCUUCAAUCCCUGGGCGUGUGACGUCAAAGGGGAGUUCUUGAAGGCGUUCUUCUCGCGCGUCCUGAAGACGCCGGCACAAAUCAAAAUGCGACUUAGCGAGCUCCUGUGCAUCCGAGCGCUCCAGAUCGCGAACGACGUUCUGGUCGACGAAGCAGGCGACGUUUUCGCCUCGCAGUUCCCCUCUUCGGCUCCUUCCACGCCUACAGACACGCUGAGUCUUCCCAUCGAGCACCCCGUCCACCGGCACGCGUUCGCUGCCUUCUGGCGCGACUGGCUGCAGCCGUGGGAGGAGAGCGGCGACCUGCCGGGGACGCUCAGCGAGAGUCUCUCUUGGUAUGGUUUCUCGUUUCUCGAGCGUCUUGCAGAGCUCCGCGGGACUCUCGGCAGUCGAGACGGAAGCGGCAAAGCCCCCAGUAGUACCCCAGACGCGUCCAGGGCUUCAGUUCACGCCUUCCCGUCGCAGGCGAGUGUCUGUUCCCCCGCGGCCGCCGCGGUGUCUAGACACUUUUCCUCCGUUCCCCUGCCUUCGGAGUUUCCGCCGCCAACGCUGACCGAAGUCGAGAGGGAGAACCUCGCCGUCUCUUCUCGCUAUCUGUCGCAGUGUGCACCUGAUUGCAGCAAGGAGGGUGUCCAAUGGGUGUACCGAGCCUGCCGCCGGGGUGGGGACCUCUCGAGUUUUUCCGCGAUUCUCGAGGAAGAAGUAUCUCAAGGAGACGCUCGGUCUGCUUCCCCACAAAGCGAGGAUGCGAGACAGACAUGUCCAGCUUCCGGAGCGCUCGGACUGUCAGAGAAACUGCCGGCACGACCCUUAGCGCCGGGCGCUGCGUCGUUUUCUGCGAAAGAGACGCCGCCGCUCGCCGCUGUCAGCCCCAUCUACGGCGCUCUGGCGAACGGGGUGGCCUGCAAGGCGGAGCAGAACAAAGAGAUCAACUCGACGCCCCUGCUGGGGGCGUCAGGGCCCGCGUAUGCCGGUCCCGAUCGCCUCCACCGGCUCGACCGUCUCCUCGGCGACGGCAAGACGCGAGAAGUUUUCUGGAAACUUUUGGCGGGGAAGCUGCCGCAAAGGCCCUCGCUCCUGUCUCUCUUGCAGAGGCACGGGGGCGCGGAGACCUGCGGGGUGCUUGGGAAGGCCGCGGCAGCGAACGGGGAAGGAGCCGAAAGAGGAGAAAAGAGCGCAGCUCGUCGAAGCGCCACAGCUGCAGGCGACAGACGCAGGUGGAGGGGACAGAGCCGCAGAGGAGAGGAAGGAAGAGACAAGAAGGAAAGGGAUAAGGCGGCCGAUGAAGACGGGCGAAGCCCUGUAAGUGUUGACGCACAGCAAGGCGUAGAGGAAAAAGAGAGUCCACUGCAGGCCGAGGAUGAGAGACGAGGAGCUGUACGCGGAAAGGGGAGCGAGAAAGGCCAAAUGCGAAGACACGAAUUCACGUCUUCUCUCCUAACUGCCUGGCUGCAGGCUCGCGCCGGGAGCCUCCCGGAGCUUUUCGAGGCUCUGACUUGGCAACUCAUGCGGCGCGAGUGCCUCCGAUUUGGACCUCAUGUCGCUUUUCCAAAGGCGCAGGGCUGCUGCGCUUCUGAGGAAGCAACCUCCCGCCUUGGAUCGACGCAAAACGGGGACGCCGUCGACGUCCGUGGACUGGACAGCGUCGCCUCAGAGGGCGAGGAAGCCGGGAGGAGGCCGAGUGUGGGGGGCGAAAGCUUUGCGAAAAAGAGACACGAAAAGGGACAAGAGGAAAGGUGUGUGGCGUUCGAACGACCAAGGGCAACUGCCUCGAGUCCGGCGGACCAGAGACGCGGCCGUGAGGCUUGUGGGGACGCAGCCGAGCGUGAGACUUCCAGAAAGCGAUGUAGGGGAAACAACGUCUCAGAUGAGGGCGGCGUUCUCGGCUCCUUGGCGUCGGAGGGUGAGGCUUCUCUGUAUCCGUCGGGUCCCCUCUGUUGGGCUUGCUUCACCGCACCUGAAGCAGAAGUCCGCGAUUAUGUGCAGGAGCUCUGGAGGCGGUUUGAGUCGCGCUUUGUCGUGGCUAUGACCAGCUUCCUCCGCUUUGCCGUGUGGCUCAUCUCGCCCGUCUGGCGCCUCGAUCCCGCUCUCCUCUCUCGCCUCCGAGCAUCGCUCCGAGACCCGCCAGGCGAGGCGCAGCUUCGCCUUCUUCUUCACAUUCUCCACCUUCCGCUGAGAUUCGAGGAACGGUUGGACCCCAGGGCUGCCGGCCGAGACACCGGAGAAGAAAAACGAGAGAAGAAGAGAGGAAACAAAGAGACGAAAGGGGAGAAAGAACAGAACUCGAUGGGGGGAACGAAGCGAAAGAGCUCGGCGCAUUGCUGCCGAGGGGGGCGAGAUGUGAAGACAAUGAGGGGAGAAGAAGAGCGCUGUGGGGACGAGAGAAAAACAGCGCCGCACACCGCAGAGGCGUCCGGAGUCGAGGCGGACGCGACGCGAGGAAAAUCUGUAUUUUCUGUUCCGAAGCCAACGGUUCUGUCCACCGUCUGCCGCCUCAUGUUCAGUCCCGUAGUUGUUGAGGGGGCGGCCGCGGCUACAGAGCGUCGGGUCGACCUCUCGCCGCCAGGCACAGACAACCUCAAACUUCUUCCGCUUCACCUGCCCACAGAUUUUCUUGAUCUCCUCCGACAAACGCUUCUCCGCAAGUGUCCUCACUGUGGAGACAGUCCUGAACAUAAGGCGCUUUGUCUGGUGUGUGGAGCGGUCGUGUGCGUCGGCUCGUCGUGCUGCAAGGAGGAAGGCAGCUCACGAGAUGCAGCUUGGGGAGAAUGCAUGCUCCACGCCCACACCUGUGGCGGCGGCUCUGGCUUGUUUCUUCUUGUUGAGCAGUCGAUGCUUUUCGCCGUGGACGGCAGCUCGUGGUUCCCUCUAGAAAGUGUCUACGUUGAUGACGGGGGUGAAUCGGAUCCUCGUUUACGGCGAGGUCUGGGAAGACUGACUUUGCACGAACCCUGUGCUCGUCAGUUGUCGUGGUUGCUUAUGAAUGGCCGCUUGCUCCCGUUUGUCAGUCGCUCUUAUAUUCGUCCCUUCUCUCUGAGCGACGCGAUGACAGUGCGGUGGCCAUGACAGAUUCGUGCUUUUCAUUUUGCUCCGAGCGCUCUCAGUGACUGACUAUUUUCUAGACGGAACAACGGCAAGAGAAAAGUCCUAGACCGAUC